AUGCCCGAGGCCGUCUCCUUCCGCAACAGCCAUGGCGAGGCCACAGCAGCAGUCCACCACGACCCCAUAACCCCCAUACCAAAGCCCACACCAACGCUCCUCCCUCGCACACAUGACAAGCGCAGUCUCGACUACAUCCUGCGGUCCGGGCUCGCCGGGGGCGUCGCCGGCUGUGCAGCCAAAACCCUAAUCGCACCCCUCGACCGCGUCAAAAUCCUCUUCCAAGCCUCGUCCCCCGCCUACGCCAAAUACAGCACCUCCUGGCUCGGCGCCAUCUCCGCCAUGCAGGACAUCACCCACCGCGAAGGCGCGCUCGGCCUCUUCCGCGGCCACUCCGCCACCCUCCUCCGCAUCUUCCCCUACGCCGCCAUCAAGUUCGUCGCCUACGAGCAGAUCCGCUCCGUCCUCAUCCCCACCAAGGAGCAAGAAACCGCGCUGCGCCGCCUCCUCUCCGGUAGCGCCGCCGGCGUCACAAGCGUCUUCUUCACCUACCCGCUCGAGGUCAUCCGCGUGCGGCUCGCAUUCGAGACGCGCACCACGGCGCGCACAGGGCUGUGGGGCAUCUGUCGCAGGCUGUAUCGCGAGCCGACGGCGGCGCCGUCGGUGUUUGGCGGGGGGCUGACGAACUUUUAUCGUGGCUUCUCGCCGACGCUGUUGGGGAUGCUGCCGUAUGCGGGGAUAUCUUUCCUGACGCAUGAUGUUGCGGGAGACUGGCUGCGGCGGGGGCCGGCAGCGAGGUGGGCGACGGUGGCGGAGAUGGAUGAGGAUGCGAGGCAUGGGGGUAGGCGGCCGACGCUGAAGGCGUGGGCGGAGCUGGUGAGUGGUGGGGCUGCGGGGCUGGUGGCGCAGACGGCGAGUUAUCCGUUGGAGGUUAUAAGGAGGCGGAUGCAGGUUAGUGGGGCGGUGGGAGAGGGGAUUGGCGUGGGGAUUGGGGAGACGGCGAGGAGGAUUUGGAGCGUGGGUGGGUUUAGAGGCUUUUUUGUGGGGUUGGGGAUUGGGUAUGUGAAGGUUAUACCGAUGGUUGCAACGUCGUUCUAUGUCUAUGAGCGCUGCAAACUAUACCUCGGGAUCAACUAG